UUGAACGAUAAUGGUUUUAAAAGCCUCAGGCCAAAAUGGUCAGUUAUACCAGCGAACAGCAUCCGGUUACUACAUUAACGUCGCAAACAUAAUGUCAAACACCUUGUCGACGUCCCUACUGUCAUUCCCGUUCAGUCGCACGAAAGCUUCUUUGUUCGCAAAACAAACACUGCGCGUACAGUACAAAGAAAAAAUUUACAGCUCAUCUGGCACGGAGCGCACAUGGGAGUAGUGUGGCAGUUACACAAAGCGCCAUGGACGAGUCUUCGAACAAGCCGAUCUUGGUAAAACUCGUAUUAUUGGGAAGUCUAGGAGUAGGAAAAUCGGCCAUGACGGUGAGGUUUUUGACGAAGAGAUUUAUUGGAGAAUAUGAUCCAAACAUCGGCUCUGUGUACCAUCACACCGUUUGCCUGGGUGGCCAAGAGGUGAACGUACACAUUCUUGAUCUCGGUGGCGAGCUGACGGAAUGCCAGCGAAUGAAAGAAGCCAGCAUACUGUGGGGUGAUGCUUUCCUUCUUGUCUACUCAAUCACCAGCCUUCAGAGCUUCACAGACAUAAGCUGUAUCAUCCAACACCUCACGGCUAUGCGUACACAGGGCUCCCACGCGCUCCUAGCAAUAGUAGCCAACAAGACAGACGCGGAGUCACAACGCGAGGUUUCCACAUCUGAUGGAGUCGCGCUUGCGCAGUCACUACCAUGCUCCUUCUCGGAAAUUUCCACAUCCACAUCUUACGAGGACGUGGAGCGAGUAUUCACGGAAAUAAUCCAAGAGGCCGUCAAAUUUAAACGCGCAACACAGUGUUCCAGCGGUGUGCGGAGAGGGCCAUACUCGAAGAUUAAGAACCUGAUGGAUAAACACGUGACUCGUGGUAGGGCAAUGUCCAGCUUGCGCGAGACCAUAGAUGAGUAUUGCGUGACGCGAAGUGCAGAGGACUUCCUGGAGAUGCGUGACCGCAGUGGAACCUGCAGAUUCUGAGAAAUCUUCACCAAACCGUUUUCCUUUUUUUUCCUCAAAAUUCUGAUGUGCUAGCGGGAGGAAGUGCAAACAUCUUCUGAGAUUUUAUGGGGGUGGUGAAAACUUCUUUCAAAAAUUGCAUCGAUAACGUGAAUUGUACCAAUAUCACACAUAGCUUAUAAGCGUAAAUCCAAAUUCAAUAACAAUGAUAUAAGGAACUUAUGAACAUAUUCACUAACAUCAACAGAACAUUCAGUAACACGAUUAGUUAUUCACUCAUUCAUAAUUCACUAGAUUAUAACAAUUUUGGUGCCCAUAAUUAAAAUUUAAUAGCACGUUUUGAUGACCAGUGGGCUCAACUUUUAUUGAAAAUCUUCCUCGAUACUUUGAAAAGGGUUAUAAGAUUCAGAUAUUUUAAUUCUCUUUCGGACCCUAUCAUACUUUAGCUGAGUACCCACAAACGAACUAGCUCUAGAAAACAAGGACUACUCGUAUGCAUUUGUAUGUACAUAUAGAAAUGUAAUUGAUUUCAAAGGUGAUUAUCAGUGUUUGUUAUGGCCCUGGGAAGGUUAACUAGUGAGCUUGAAGGCCGAGAGGCCGCAACAAGUCACGAAAUACUGGGGGCAUAAUAAAGAGACACUAAGAAAACUUGGGAUGGGGGGGGGCACAGCCACGCCCCUUCUUGUCGUUUCCAUCCAGAUUAAUAAAAUACUGUGGGGGCACCCAAGUCUUUUAAUUUUGAGACUAUCCAAAACAAGUAAAUGUGAAAAAAAAUACGCCGGACAGAACUCAAAAUGCUAAUAGAAGUGCUAACAAUGUCAACAGUGCUAAAUGAAGUUUUCUAAUUUCUUUCAAAAAUUAUCAAAGGUUAAGAGACGUCAUUCGGCUCGUCGGAUAAGAUUUGACGACAUGGAAGGAUGACGCUUUGCAAGCAGGUUUUGGAUUGCAAUAACUUUGCAAUAUACAUAUACAGAAAUCCUGAACAAUAAAAAGAAAUAUCACUCUU